AUGGGCCCGCCCCCGCGACCGACGGCUGGGCGCGCCAGCGGCAUCAGGCCGCCAACAAGACAGGCUACGACACGACAGCAGCAAUCCUCGCAGAACGCCCCUAGGCACGCGUCCAUCUCCCGAUUGCAGCGCGCAGCGUCGCCAGCCGAGUCGGUGGCGUCGAUGUCGACAGCGACAACAACAGGCGCCAAGCGUAAGGAGCGCGACUUCGACCUGGACGACAUGGAGGCUACCAACAUCAAUGUCGUGGUGCGAUGCCGGGGACGCAACGAGCGCGAGGUGCGCGAGAACAGCCAUGUGGUCGUGCGAACCGAGGGCACCAAGGGCAGGCUGCUCGAGCUCGCCAUGGGCCCCAACGCUGUUAGCAACAAGUCGUACGAGUUCGACCGCGUCUUCUCGCAGGCUGCUGAUCAGGCUAUGAUCUUUGAGGAUGUCGUGCGCCCUGUGCUGGACGAGAUGCUGGCCGGCUACAACUGUACCAUUUUCGCGUACGGCCAGACCGGCACCGGCAAGACGUAUACCAUGUCGGGUGAUCUGACAGAGACGAUGGGCAUGUUGUCUGAUAAUGCCGGCAUCAUCCCGCGUGUCCUGCAGUCGCUGUUCAAGAAAUUGGACAUGGACGAGAAGGAGUACUCGGUGCGCGUGUCCUUUAUCGAGCUGUACAACGAGGAGCUGCGUGACCUCUUGUCGUCCGACGAAAACAAGCAGCUCAAGAUCUUCGACGACACUUCGCGGAAAGGACACACUACGACCAUCGUCCAGGGCGCCGAGGAGCGCUACAUCCUCAAUGCCGCCGAAGGCCUGCGCUGUCUCCAGGAGGGCAGCGUCAAGCGCCAGGUGGCUGCCACGAAAUGCAACGAUCUAUCGUCUCGCAGUCACACCGUCUUUACUAUUACCGUUUAUCAGAAGCACGAGACUGACAGCAAUGGCGAGGAUAUGUUCAUGCUGGGCAAGCUGAACCUCGUCGAUCUGGCCGGCAGCGAGAAUAUCCAACGGUCCGGCGCCUCCGACAAGCGGGCAGCCGAAGCCGGCCUGAUCAACAAGAGCUUGCUAACGCUCGGCCCUGACUCGGCUGCUGCAAGACUCGCUGGGUGGACGCACCAAGACGUGCAUCAUUGCUACGAUCUCGCCCGCGCGCAGCAACCUCGAGGAGACCAUCUCGACGCUCGACUAUGCCUUCCGGGCAAAAACAUUCGCAACAAACCCCAGCUCAACGCGCUGACCAACAAAAAGGCCCUCCUGCGCGAGUUUAUCGUGGAGAUCGAGAGGUUGAAGGCCGAGCUUAUCGCCACGAGGCAGCGGAACGGUGUCUACCUGUCAAACGAGGCAUACGAGGAAUUGACCGUGCAAAACGAGUCGCGACGUAUUCUCACCGAGGAGCAGGCAGCAAAGAUCGAAACGCUCGAGGCAAACCUCAAGAAUAAGCUGCAGGAAUUCCUGGCUCUGCGUUCUAAUUUCCUGGGUCUCAAGAAGGAGAAUGAGGAGCUGUCGGACGAACUGGGCCGCUCCAAGGACGCCCUUGAGCAGACGGAGCUCAUCCUGGCGGCUACCAAGAAGUCCCUCGAGGAAGAGACGAUGCUGCGCAAGGCGCACCAAGAGACCGAGCAGAAGCUUGCUUCGCUAGGCGGCCAGCUCGUCGGCACACUAAAGCGCACCGUCAGCGACAUCGACGGGCUGCGGGCCAAGAACAAGCGGCGGGCUGAGCUGCAUUCCCUGAACCGGAACACAUGGGAGAAGUCCCAGGCUCGUGUGGCCGAGGUGACGGAGCUGGUCGAGGACCGGCUCGACGCCUUCCGGCAGGACCAAGAACGACACAUCUCCAGUGUCUCCCGGCGCAUCCAGGCAUUCGUCAAAGAAGAGCUGGACCAGCUAGCCGAGACCCAAACCCUCCUCGACACCUCCCUCGCCGACUUCUCCUCCGCCAGAGCCCGUCUCCUCGCCCAGCAAGAGCGCUCCAAAGAAGAGCUCGACACCGUCCUCGAAGACAUCAAGCUCGUCCGCGACAAGGUCAAGCAGCGCGUCGGCUCCAGCCUCCAAGCUAUUUCCACGGCGGCGGAGCGCAUCGCCGCCGACGUGCUCGGCGAGCUUUCUGCCCUCCACACCCACCUGCACGACUCGUACGCCUCUCUCGGCCGCGACGUCAAGUCCCUCUUCGAUGAUCUACUUAAGCACAUGCGUGCGCAAAAGGCCGAGUCUGAUCGCCUCCGCCGCGAGCUCGAGGCCGCUACCCAGGCCAUGAUCGAAGCGAAUGCUUCCCACGCAGCCCGCAUGAAGGAGGUGCUCGAAGAGGAGCGCACGCAAGCUGCCCAGGAACGUCAGGCCCUCCUCGCCCAAAUCGCCAAGCUCAUCACCACUCAAGCCGACCUGCAAGACUCCCGGCUCACCAACCGCGCCCUGCAGAUCCAGUCGUCGAUGGAGGAUGCAAGCACCGCUUUCGCAUCCUCCGUAGACGAAUACACCUCCGGCAUGCGCGCCUGGAGCGAGAAGGACGAUGUCGUCCUCGCCGAAGUGUCCCGCUCGCGCGAUGCGCUUAGGACGCAGCUGCAGAGUGAUUGGGCUGCGGCUGAAAGGUACAGCACCGCGAUUCAGACGGCUACCAAGGCGGUGCAUGCCGAGACGGUCAGGGUUGUCGAGGGGCAGGUCGAGGAUCUGGACGUGCAGAUGGGGGAUUUGGAUGCGUUUGUUGCGCGCGCGAGGCAGCAGAAUGCGAGCGGAAGUGGGAAGUGUGCUGAGGCGGUUAGAGGGGUUAGUAGCGCGGUCGAGGGGGGGCUUGGACGGUUGGCGGAGCGGUUUGGAGAGGUGGGGGAGAGGAUGCAGAGGUUAGGGGAUGCGGUUGAGGGGGAUGUGGAGGUGGUCGAAGAGGGGAUGGACCAGCUUGAACAGAGCGUCGUUCGGCCCCUUGCUGGUCUAAGAGAGGAGGUUGUCAAGAUCAAGAUGAAGGAGUAUGAACCGACCGGCAAGACGCCCGAGAAAACGUCCUACCCUAUCCCAACCAACCUCCCGCGCACCGCACCCCACGAGAUCCUCCUCGCCAGCAUGCGCGGCGAACCUAUUCCGGAACUCGACCUUGGACCCGAAGAACAAGAACAAGAACAAGAACAAGAACAAGAACAAGACCUUCCUCCUCUUCCUCCUCUAUCUUCUGCAGACCCCUCCUCCCCUACCCCCGUCCCGGUCCCAACUCCCCAGGUGACCAAGAAGAAAGUUCCCCAAGCAACCCCCUCCAAACAAAAGCCGGCUGUUCUUCCCGACGCCGUACCAACUCCCCUGCCUGCUGCUAAGUCCCCUGCCCCUCACCAACCCUCCGCAAGCAAGCCUCCCGCAAGCGCAAGUGCAAGCCGCAUCCCUAUGAGCAUGGGCAGUGCCACUGCCGCGCCCGCCUCCUUGCGCGAGGUGAACCCUAACUUGGCCUCGCCCACAGCGGUCAAGUCCUCCUCGAAUAACACAGCCAGCACUGCCGAAAAGGACGGCAGUUCGAUAGCGAGUGUGCUUGCUUUACCUCCCGGAGGUGAUGCACCUGUCAAGGUAGCGGCUGCUGCUGCUGCGAGGGGGGCGGUGGGGAAGAGGAUGGGUACGGCUGGUGUGAGUAGUAAGGGGAGGAAAGCAGGGUUGGUGGGAAUAUCCGAGGGGGUGGAAAAUGUACCACCCCCGGUGAGGACGGGCGGGAGGAGGAAGAGUCCUAGGUUGAGAUGA